AUGGCAAUGCUGGGGCGGGCAACGACGGUGCUUGUUGCGGCGCUGGCCGUGGCGCUGGCGUUCGGGAUGGCGUUGGCGCAGGGGCCGGCCGCCGCCCCGGGCCCGGCGCCCGGGAUCAGCGAGGAGUGCUUCAACGCGGUGCUCAACAUGUCGGACUGCCUGACGUACGUGACGGCCGGGAGCACGACGCGGCACCCGGACAAGCCCUGCUGCCCGGAGCUGGCCGGGCUGCUCGAGUCCCACCCCGUCUGCCUCUGCCAGCUGCUGGGCGGCGGCGCCGAGUCCUACGGCGUCAGCGUCGACUACAAGCGCGCGCUCGCGCUCCCGGGGAUCUGCCGCCUCACCGCGCCGCCCGUCGCCGCCUGCGCAGCCAACACGCCGGCCGGGUCAGCCAAAUCCUCAAGCCACGCACCGGGACGCGUCACCGCCGGCGGCCUCAUCGCCCUCGCCGUCACGGCCGCCGCCGGGAUUAUGUUCUAG